AUGGGCACAUUCGGCAAAGACGCGGGCGCGGCGCUCGUAUUCCUCGUCCUCUACACCUGCAUGUUCUGCUACAUGACGUUCAUGUACUUGACCAAGCGUCUCAAGUUCAACUCGCGUUUCACAAUCCUCUACUUCCACUGCUUGAUUCGAAUGGCGUCGCAGGCAUGCGGUGUUGCCUUUGGUAUUCUUGUGUGGGACAACGUCAACGUAUUCAUUGCAUUCCUCGUGCUGUCGGCUGAGGGCUACUUUUCUCUUACUAUUGCGUCGUACUACUUCCUCAAGCACUUUGAGAUUCUCAACUUUGGCCAGUCGCGUCUGGGCCCCAAGGACAUGCCUGAGGGCAAGGAGCGCAGCAUGCGUGCCCUCAUGGUUACGUCCAUGAUUCCCGCCUUUACGCCGUGGCGCUACUGGAACCACGACCUGAUUGCGGUUAUCGAUUCAUGGCUUAUCCCUGCAAACAUUAUCAUCAUUGCCGGUGGCUCGCUCAUGGCUGGCGCCAACAACUCGACGGACCUCACCGAGGCCCAGAUCCAGAACAUGCUCAACACCGCCAAGGGACUCCGUACCGCCGGUCAGGCCAUCUUCCUUGUCCUGACCGUCGUCUGGAUCCUUCUCCAGGCCAACACCUACGCCCGCACCAGCAAGGCGGGCCUCUCGACCGCCACCAACAAGCUCUUUACAGUUGUCGGCGCCCUGCUCCUUGCCCGUGGUGUGUUUGGUCUCCUCCAAGCCCUCAUCUCCAGCCUGUCCUACUACACCGUCAGCAACUACACCGGGGAUGGCUUCACCAACCGCUUCAUCGCCCUCGAGUACUGCCUCACCGCCGUGCCCGAGUUCGUCGCUGCCGUGCUGCUCAACAUGUCCUUCUGGACCACCCGCAGCAUGACCACCGAUAACGGCAGCCACAUGAGCAUGGCCGCCCUCAAGAACAAGGAGGACGGCCCCCUCCGCCGCGACUACGACCACGGCUACUCGUCGUCUGCAUAA